CCGGGCGCACCCGCGGCGGCCGCCCGGUUCCCCGCCCACCCAUCCGCCCCGCGAGCUACGGGGUCGGAGCGGCAGCUGGACGGGGUAGGGCACAGGUGUGUGUGCCCGCUACGCGGCCUCGGGGCGGCGCGCGCCCCACUGGGGUCUCCGGGUGCGGAGACUAGCGAGGGUCGGGGCACCAGCUCUCCUCCCGCGCCCUCCGCUCCAGGUGACUUCCUCGCGGCCCUGUCGGCACCAGCCGGCCUCGGCGCUCUGGUGAGACCGUUACCCAACCACCAGCUGAUCGCACCUGAGGGUAAAGGCAGCGCUGCAGCUCAAGCUGGUUUUGCAGAAACCUGGGUUUGAGAAGUUCAGUCAUUGCCAAGAGUAACUGGAGAAAACACGAAUAUUAAGAGUACUGUUGUCUGAAGGGUUGAAGGAAAUUCAAAAUGAUUUAGGCCUUUUCAAGCGUGAUGUCUAAUCCCUGUGGCAUGUAUUUUAUGUAUACUUCCAAUUUUAGCAUUCAUUAUGUUCGUUCUGCACGUUUCAAUUAAUUGUUCAAAUUGAAGUUUCUAAGUGACAUUACUUUGGCAUGAGUUUUAAUGAAAAAGAUGAGAGAUUUUCUUGUUUGGAAGCCUACCUAACUUUGACAUCUAGGAGUUCAAGAUUUACUGAUGAAACAGAGAGCUUGAAGAUGUCACAAAGGCACUCAGAUCAAGCUAGCCCUGGAACUGGAAGUCAGGUGGACUCUGCUACCAUCAACUGCAAGUGCUCCAGCUUCAGACAUUCUUGUUCCACAUCUUCCUUUCAAGAUAGUGACCAUAACAAGUUGUCAAAAUCUUUCUGCUUUAAUAAUGCAGAUAAAGAAGUUUUGGGAAACAAAGAAAAAGACCCAACAGUAACCCAUGAGCACCCUGAAACUUUAAACCUAGGCUUAACACAUCCUUUAGAGUCUCCCACUCAACGAAAGAAAUGUGUCUUUCCUAGGAAGGAAAUGGAGAAAACCCCAGAACUUUGUGAAACUCCUAAAGUCAGUGGGAAAAAAUGUCUACUGCGGAGAAGAUUGAAUAUGUCUUUCUCUCUUCUAAAGGGGGACUUUGAAUCACGAAACAGUUCUUUAGAAAGUAGUAUAAGCCAAGUUCUCAACUUAGAAAAAAAGAUCCCAAGCAGUGCCACAGAUUUUCCCAGGCAAAAUGAUUUUAGCCCAUUAGUUACUAGCACAGAAGAAGUGACAUCCAGCAGUCAAAACUUGAGACUAAAUUUUUCUCAACAGAAGACUUCCACAAUUGAUGAUUCUAAAGAUGAUUGUGACCUAUUUGAAGUUGAAUGUAUAUCUCCAAUUCAGGGCAAUAAUUCCAAAGAUUCUAUCACACAUGACUUUAGUGAUAGUAGUUUAAGUGUUAAUGAUGAAAAUACACAUCCUGCACUUCUGGGCUCCUCUGGUAGUGGAACAACCUGUGGAACAGAUGAGGACCUAUUUGUGACUCCAGUAAGUAAUCUUGUAGCGAAUAUCAAAUUUAAUGCAAGUCAAACACAUUCUCCUUCAGCUGAAGUGAGACACAAUGUUUCAACACCUGAAGACAGUGGUUUCAACUCACUUAGCUUGGAGAAGUCUGAAGAUUCCCUCUCUGACCAGGAGAGUUCUUUUCAAGAACUAUUCCAGAAUCAUAAGGGGACUCUCAAAUUGGGGGACACCAUAAGAAAGUCAAGGCGUCUUGGAAGGUCGAGAAGACUGUCCACUCUUCGGGAGCAAGGCUCACAGUCGGAGACAGAGGAGGAAAAGCAGAUCACCCACUCCAACCCUGAAACGAGACUCUUGACCACUUCAAGCACCUCAGAGAGUGGGCUGGGCUGUGAUAAUAAGAGUGAAGAUUUGACCAUAAGCUUUGAGAAUUUAUCAAGAACCCCAGCCUUGCAAUUAGUGCAUGAGCUCUUCAUGAAAAACAAAAGGAAAAGAUUUCAGCAAAAGGAUGCCCAUGAAUUCUUAGAAGAAAGGGAUGGGGAAAAAAUUGCCACCUUGCAAUCUGUUCUUGCAGGACUGAUUGGCAAAAAGAUGGGUAUAGAACAGCUGGACAUCUUAACAGAAUUAAAGUAUAGAAAUUUAAGGCAUAUUCUUGCUAUGGUUUUAGAUUCCUUGACUGCAGAGAGCCUGUACAGUGUUUGGAAAGUCAGCAAAAACUGGCGUGAAAUUGUUAUUCAAGAUAAAAAAGCAAAUCGGAGGAGGAAAUUUUAUAUCACACAACUGAAAGCAAAUUCUGAGUGUUUCUCUGUACAGAUCCCUGAUUCAUCUCCCAUUAUCCACCAGAACUGAAAGUCUCCUCUCUGUAAGUCUAAAACCAGGUAUUCUACCUCUUCUUUCUUUUCCUCAGAGGUAUCCUUCCUGGAGCCCUUUGUCUCCCCUCAUUCCCAUCUGGAAUGUUUGCUUUCUACCUAACCUAUUUUAAUGUGUCACUAAUUAAACUGAAAAAUUAUGAAACAAUGUUGUGUUGUGAUUUUCCUCAUGCCUAAAAGCUCCUGAAAACUUUUUGUGUAAAACAAACAAAAAAUGUGUUACUGGAAGUUCCUGCAUGAAAAAAUUAGAAAGUACAGAUCAGGUGCUCAUAAUAGGAGCUCAAUUUUGUCUGUCAGCUUUGGAAUAGUGAGAAUGAGUACUAGAAUUGGAAUGCCACACCUUUUCCAUUGCAUUUCUUGAUUAAUUAUUCUCUGUUCUCUCAUUUUUGUGGAAAAGAGCAACCAUUAAAUUAUUCCACUCUCACACUAAAAUAUUAUCUGGUAAUGCGAUGAUAGCCAUGUUUUGAAAAAUUGGGGCAUUUGUGAAUGUGUGCUUUUGUUAACUGCUUCACUUCUUGUUCAAAAAUAGUAGCACACAUUUUAAGCUUCAUAAGGAUUAGACUGUUUUAUUCACUUGGCACCUAUUAAGUGUUCUAUAAAUAUUUAUUAAAUGACUGAAUGUUUCUUUUGUGACUGCAAUUUGCUUCAACAACAUAUCUUUAUUCAUUUUGGGGUGCAUGUACCAUGUUUGCCAACUACACUGAAAUCCAAAGGUGUUCUUUUAGUGUGCUUUUGGGUUAUAUGCUGUGCUCUAGGCUGCAAAUCAUUUAUUCAAGUGUAAUAUAAAAUCUGAGCCCUUGGAUAAUUUAAACAUGUUCAAAUGUAUUUGUCCUAAUUUCUGAAGGCCAAUAUUUGUUCAUUACUCUGUGCCUAUAUUCUUAAGUUGUUAAUCACAUAAUUUUUCAUGACCCACUAUCGACUUUCCCUAUACUUGUCCUAUUAUAAUUUCUUACAGUUUAACUCUCCCCACAGUUAGAAGCCAACUGUGGCUAAGGACACUAUUGAGGGAGUGGAAACAAAGCCUAAUUUUAGUUAGAUAUUGAAGGAAAUUUACCUGUAGUGCAUUUUAUUUUGAUAAUUGGUUAAGAAAGUAAUUUUUUUUUAAAAAAAGACAUUUUUUCCCAUUACUGUUUUUAAUAAAAUAAAAGGCUAUACAAAUUACUUAUUGAAAAAGAUUUCUUUUUGUUUUUAAUUGUUUGUUUCUAUUUUUUUCCAGCAUUAUUGAGAUAUAAUUGAAAAUAGAAAUUGUAUAUUUUCAAGGUAUACAAGCUCAUUAUUUCUUGACUGAAAUUUGAAUAAUGUGGGAAUCCAGUUCAGAUGAGGGAGGUUUUUUUUUCUCCUUUGACAACACCAAAGCCAUUAAAACUUAAUUGUAAAAAUGAAUCUGCACCAGGUAUUUGCAAAAUUCAGCUAAAGAAAUUGGGUUUUAUGAUCUAACCAGUCUCAUAGUUCUUCUGACAAUCGGCUAAGGUAAGAAACCUUCAGAGAAUUCCAUGAUAUCCCAUGACAAACUUUCAAAAGAUUCUCCUCUUCCUAGACCUUGGCUUAAAACAGGAAUUGCAAACUACAACCUAUAGACCAAGUCCUGCCUAUCACCUAUAUUUUUAAAGUAAGUUUUAUUGGAACACAGCCCCACUCUUUGAUUUACUUAUUGUCUACAGCUGCUUCUGAACAACAGCACAACUGAGUAGCUUCAACUACAUGGACAACAAAGCCUAAAAUAUAUACUAUCCAGCCCUUUACAAGUAAUAUUUGCAAAAUCGAGGCUUACAAAAAAUGGAUAUAAAUUCAACAUUAGAAUUUAUUGUUUUAAUUUUUCUUCUCACAUUUCUUUGACUAUAUUUCAAAUGUUAGGAAAGACUUUGGGGGAGUUAAAAGAAGGUCUAGGGGAAAAAUCUAGUGGUAUAGCCACAUUUUAAAUACUUAAAUCUACAUCCAUCAGAAAGCUCUUCUCUCUGGGAACUUUUUGGAUAGUGUGGUGUUGACUCCUCUCAUCUUUUACCACAGGAGGCUGUAUUAAAUGUUGAAGAUGCUGCCACUCGCCUCCAUCUUUUAAAUCGCUCAGCUUUAAGAUCAGUACAAGCUCAGGCUAAGACACCCA